AUGUCCCUGAAGAAGAGGAAAAAGUAUACCUCGGACCUUAAGUGCGUUUUCUUUCCGGAUGAGCUGGAUUGCGGUGUGCAGAAAGGUGGAAAGGACUCUGCACUUUCAGUAACAUCUUCAGUGAGGAGCUGGGAAAAGUGUGGAGAAAGUUUUCUGGAUACUACAACCAAAACGAAGCCCAAGUCAUCAGGAAGGACUUUAUCUGCCAUCAGAAAGUUGGCUCUUGACUUAGAUCCUUGUGUUGCUGAGCCUCAUGAAGAGCCAUUGCAAAUUGCAUGGAGCGACAGUGAUAAGUCUGAGGAGGAGACCAAAGAGCCAAAAGUUUUAAAAGUUGUUCCUAAAAAGCGGGCUACAAGAAGUGGUGUUGUCAGCUGUCAGUCAUACACCAGCGCCCUGAACCUGCUCACAGACUAUAAUGAGGAACCUCCUGUUAUUGACACGGACAGUGACAUUGUUCAAUCAGAGGAAGAAGUGGACGGAGAUAGUGGGCAACUCAUUUCUGACUGUGACUCAAAUGGCUCUGAUGAGGCAGAGGACAAAGUGGCUCCUCACUCUUCAAAUCCACAGGAACUAGAAAUAUCAGGCUACGAAUCUGACGAGGCCAACGACAGGAUGACCGUGAGUGCUCUGGGCAGCGUGGAGGGCAGGCAGAGGUCGGUCAGCCACUGGGUCAGAUCCGCUCAGGCAAUGCUGCAGACGCCUACGAAAGCUGCAGAAAAGCCAUCCAAGACCCCCGAAGACUCCGCCAAGAAGAGGAGGAAGUUUCAAAGCGGGGGCUUGGCCGAGAGACUUCACAGGCUCCAGUGCAGACAGAAGUCGGCCAUAAGUUUCUGGAGGCACAAGUCUGUUUCUGAUAACGCCAUAACAGCGGACCGGCCCGGGGUGCUGGUCCUGGAGAUCACGGAGGUCCACGAGGAGUGCAGCAUGCGACUGGUGCGAUGUAAGCGCUACAGCCCCCCCACAGAGGCCCCCCAUCACCGCCAGGAUCAGCCCCCCACUGAAGCCGAAGAGAGGGCCCCAUUACUAGUGUUAUUCAAUAAGGAAACCGCGGCUCAGCUCAACCCACUGCCUAAAGACGUCAUCCACAUAUACCCGCCAUGGCAGAGUCUAUCAGUCGAAGGCAUCAACUACGAUAUUAUCCUGAAUACACACUUCAGCCAGAAAGUCUCCUCUUCGUCUGAAUCUCCCGUGUCAUCUGUUCCCGGGUCGACUGCAGCCAAAAGCACGCCAUAUGCACUUGAUAAGGACUUCGGGCUGCUGGAGCUGUGCAUGACGACAGAGGAGAAUCAUAACAAAGAGGGCGAUGGGCUUAACGUUGGGGAUCUCCUCACUGGUCCUUGUCAGUCUCUGCUGGAUGCCAUAGAGGCCUUGGGGCAGGCGGGGGCAGUGGGGCAGACUGUGGAGGUGGUGGUCCAGAGGGUCUACAGCAUCCCGGUCCCAGACUCCAGCUCUGGGUCUGUCCUCAAACAUCGACUCAAGUCCACAGGUGCUUCUCCAGCUCCUGCAAACCAAACCAGGCUCUGUGUGCUGGUCCAGGACAGCUAUGGCAUGUUCAGUGUGGUUCAGUUGCACCUGCUGCUGUCCACAGACGACCUUCAGAAGUACAGCGAGAUGUGGCGAGGGAGACGCUGUCUGCUGAGGGCCAUCAAAGUGGUACAGCGCGUCACACGAGAGAGACACGCCCGACUUUUUGGUGUGAUCGACAGUCUCUGGCCCCCGUUGGUGCCACUGAAGUAUCAUGGAAGCACAGCCAGUAUGCAGACUAAAGGCCUUGUUGCUGGUCCACCUCCGAGUUUCUGCUACUUACUUUCUGGUCUGGAAAGUUCUGUGGAGCCCACGGAGGAGUCUGCACUUUACUUUCCCCCAAGAAUACAAACAUUAAAGGAAAUCUUAUUGAGGGAGACGAAAUCCUGCCGCUGCAGCUUUGUCGCCACAGUUGUAUACCAUAAAAAACAGAAGGGUAAUAUAGGCCAGGAGCAGAUGUGGUUAGCGCUAACAGACCCCAGUCUACAAGACGAGGAGAGACCACCGAUGCGGACUGUGACUCUGUGCAUUAGUGCUUCCUGUGCGCUCACUUCCUUUGUCCUAGAAGCUCUGAAGCAACGCAUCUGUCGCCUGUCGUUCACGGACGUCAUCAGAGAACAUGGCCUGUUGCUGUGUGCGGAGCAGUCUGUCAUUCAACCCAGCGCGGUGCAGGCAGAGCCCACAGAGAGCUCCGUUCUGGGGUCUCCUGGUGCCGUGAAACCAGUGCGACUGGAUGAGCUGGAUCCUGCCCUCUCCCCCUGCUCCCUGUGCACAGUCUCAGGGGUGGUAGUUGGUGUGGAUGAAAACACUGCUUACUCUUGGCCUGCGUGCGACCGCUGUGGAAGUGACCAGUUAGAAAUGCUGCCUCAUCAGAGGUUCCACUGCGUUUCGUGUAAAUCUACUCUUGACAAACCAAAAACAAAUGUUCAACUUGAAGUCAUCUUGAGUCAAUCUUCCCUGAAAGACUGCACAAUAAAAAUGAAGCUGCAGAAAAAGACUAUCUUGUCCCUGCUGAAUAUCCCUGAACUGGAGGGGGGAGAGUUCCCAGGCUAUGAUGUGGAGAGCGUCCUGGGAAAGGAGCUGGGCCCCCUCACCGCUUAUGUCCGACUUAUCACAAGGAAGCCCUCUCUGUGGAUAGGCCUGGAAGAAAUCAGCCUGUGA